UUUUAUCUGUAUUUUAAUUGAUUUAUUUGAGUACUUUUGAUUUAAUUGAACCCAUUCUACUUUUACUGUUUUCCUAUCUGUUUUUAUGAUUUUUUUUCUAGUUUUUUUCAUGCAAAAUGAUGGCAUUUUAUUGGAUUUGUCUCCAAUCUUGGCUCCACUGUUUGGGCUUCAAAUGCAAGUUAAAUAAUUCGAGCAAUUAUUCUUGUAUCACUGGAUAUAAUGGGAAAAAAAAAUGCAUUUCUUUUUGUCUUUCCUUUCAAUUCACUCCUUGCUUUCAAAUCUGGUAAGGAUUGGUUGAGGGGUUGGCACUUGUUGGGGCCUGAGUGAUUGAUUUUUACUAAAAUGGGGUCAUUUGUUCUUGGGUUUUUAGCAAUGUGUUGGGUAAUCAAGAUCUGAGGUGACCUGGACAUUUAUUCACUGCUUGGUCUGUCCAUGGGGUUAUCUGUAGCAGUAGAAGAAUGUGAUGUUCAUCACAAUAUAAAUUUGCGGAGUCCUAUAAAUAAGAGUCAGCGUGAUCAUUAUCCUUUUAUUGAUUCCUUUGAACACCAAGAAAAACAUAAAAAGGGGAAACUUUCAAGCCAAAAAUAUUCGAACAACCCUCAUGAUGAUCGGUUCACAGAAUUCACCUUCAAUCGCUCACGAAGUCCCUCUGUCAAAGAUGUUCCGGAGUCUAGACGUAGUUCGAUAUAUAGAAGCUCAAAAUUGUUGAGAAAUAUGAGGAAUUCGGAAAUUGUUAGGGGUAAAUAUAAUCAGAGCCCAGUGCCCUUCAUGGCUAUCAAAUCACCUCUUCCCUCUUGUAAGGUUGAAGGGGACCCUCUUUCUCAAAAGAAGAGGCCACCUUUGAAUUCUUUAAGUUCCUAUUUGAACGCUCCACCCAUUAACACGAUGGAUGCCUCCUUGAAGUUCUUGAAAGAGUUCCAUGAAUUGACCAUUCAGUCCAGACACCAAGACGACACUUUAGUUUCCCUUCCUAAUGGUGAUGAUGGUUUCUUGGAGAUUUUUCUCCCUUCCAAAGACAUAGAGGGCCAAAGCCAACAUAUAAUUUUGGAGCCAGCACGAAGGCGAAGCCCAGAAGAUGAACCCAAUAUAAAGCUCUUCGCAUGCAAUGAAGAAGAAACACUUGCUGCCAGAACAAACAAAGAGUGUCCCUUGGAAAAUGAAGAGUCUUUCAUCUCACCCAAGUCCUCUUCUGCAGAAUCAAGUAUAUCUGGUUUGCCCUUGAAAACUGAUGCAAUGUUCAUGUCAUCUAAGUGCUCUUCGGCAAAAUCAAGUAUGUCUGAUUUGCCCUUGAAAUUUGAUGGGUUAUUCAGCUCACCAAUGUCGUCAUCAGCAAACUCAGAUAUGUUUGGUUUGCCCUCUAAAAUUGAAGGAGUAUGUAGUUCACCCAGGUCCUCUGCAAAAUCAAAUAGAUCUGAUAUGCCUGAUGGGAUAUUCAGCUCACCCCUGUACUCAUCAGCAAAGUCAAAUAUGCCUUAUUUGCCCUCAAAAACUGAACAGGUUAGCUUGCUCAUGUCCUCUUCGAGAAAAUCAGAUGUGUCGGAUUUCCCCAUGAAAACUGAAGGGUUAUUCAGCUCACCCAAGUCCCCUUCGUCAAAGUCAAGUUCGUCGCCUUUGUCCUAUGGGGCAGUAUUCAGUUCGCCUACGCCUUUUAGUAAGCCAAGCACCAUGGAACUGCCCCACGGGCCAGAGAAUAAGGUUUCUUCAUCAAGCCCGAAGCACCGAAUGAGCUCAUUCAGAAGGAUUUUUGAUCCGAUAAUGAAGUCCAAAUCUCUAAGUAAACUUCCUGUUUCCAUUGUGGCACCAAAUGACCUCUCACUGUUGAGCUCUGCACAUAUCAAAAGGUCGAGAUCCCUUCGAAAAUCUUUGUUACAGGAGUUCUCGAAGGCCUCAUUUAAGGUACAUGGGCAUGUAGAUGGGGAGAUCAAGGAUAUAAGUUCUUUGCCCACUCAUCUACAUGGUGUUCUCAAGCUGGUUCAUAAACAUGGGGUGCCAUCUUUUGAAUUCUCAGUCAAGGAUCCUGAGGAUUUUCUUGCAGCUAGGACAUGGAAAGUGGGCAAUGCUUUCAAUUGGCUAUAUACAUUUCAUAGCAAUAGCAGUGGAAAGGGCAGGAGUAGUGGAGGGUGGGGGAGGAAAGAGAGGAGCAAGCAUUCAACAAUUGUGGGUCAGAUGAAAGUUUCAUGUUAUUUGUGCUCCAAGAGAGGCAUCCGUGAUUCCUUGGAUUAUUCCAUGGUUACUGAAUUUGUUUUAUCUGACGCCACGCACAUGAGGAGAGACUCUGAGAAAGAAGAAAUUCCAAAUACCUGCCCUAGUUUAAAAUGCUCGGAUCAAUCUGUUAAGGCUCCUGAGAGCUUGGUUAUCGGCUUUCCUUUUGAGCAGGGUUGUGGGUUUGAGACAAAGUGGGAACGGCCUUCAAGGCAUGGUUUUGGCCUUGGGGAUUCUGAUGGCCUGGGGAAGUCUUUCGUUCCCCUAGGCUUUCAACCUCACCUUGAAGUUGCAGCUAUGGUGAUUGAGUCUCCUCUAGAGAAGCGAGAGAGCUUGAAGGGUAAGCUUGGGGAUGAGAGAGAAGAUGCUGAAGAGUGUAUAAGCAUGUCUGGUUCUUGUACUAGUGAUGAAAUUGCUAGUGUUAUUCAAAACUCUAAUCAUGGUGCAUCUAUGAAGGUUGUGAUUCCAAGUGGGGUGCAUGGAAUUCCAACCGAUGAUGCCUCUUGGCCUUCACCAUUGCUGGACCGAUGGAGAUCAGGUGGAGCCUGUGACUGUGGAGGGUGGGACAUGGCCUGCCCAAUCAGGGUUUAUGAAAAUUCCUCUGUCAAUAAUGGGGCCAGGACUUCAUUUGAGGGGAAUCAGAGCCCAUUGGAGCUUUUUAUCGAGGGAGGAAGAGAAAAGAUUCCGGCAUUAAGCAUGAAACCUCUCGAGGAGGGAGUGUACGCCAUUGACUUUCAUGCACGAUUCUCGGCUCUACAGGCCUUCUCUGUUUGUGUGGCAGUUCUUCAUGCCAAUGAGACCUCCACCAUAUCAUCAAAUGCAGGCAACCAGCAUAAGCUCCAAGGCAGUAACUCACUCAAAUUGCUAUUAAAAGACGAAUCAGGGAGCCCCAUUGAAACUCUGGCAAAUUUUGAGAGAGAGAAGAUGGUGGGCAUUGAAGCUGUAGCAAAUAACGAGAGAGAAAAGGGGGUGAGAAAGAUGGAGGAGAACCCAUCGAGUUUCAUACUUGAUCCACCAGUUUCUCCCAUUGGAAGAGUGUAGAGUUGAGCAAUGUAGGGAAAUUGGGGUGCUGCAAAAUACCAAGUCAAGCAAAUAACAGGGCGCUUGAAUUGGGGGGUGUCAGUAUACGAGAGAGGUAAAUUGUGCUCCUUACUAUGGAAGCACCACAAGGGGAUGCUUCUUGAGGCUGAGAAGGAUUGGAGUGUUUAAGGUGGUGAGACCUGGUUCUGCAUCGAUUUUGGAUGGCUCGGCUAGAUUUCGGUUCACACAAUUCUUUGUAUAUUUUUUUUUUGCCCUUUUUUUGGGUCAUUUUCUAGAGUACUUGUCAUUUUAAUCCAUUGUUAUGAAAAGAAAAUGAUUCCCAUCUGUUACAAAAUAUUUCCAA